CCACCUGCCUGAAGCUGAAUUUCCUCAGUGCAGCCAGUCAGUGCAAAAUGAUCGCGCGCGCAGGAGUCGCGUUGUUAGUGGUUUGCGCGGCGCUUGCGCAGGACUCGGUGUGGGUAGAUGUGGAGCCUAACACAGAAGACCCAUCGGAUCCAGAAAGGCAGUAUACAAAUGAACUGGCCUCAGACUUGAAAUUAGCAAACGAAAACGCACUGCUUCUAUACACGGAGUAUUCAGCAAAAACUGCCCAUGGUUUGCGAGAGUUCCUGAAGGAGAUGACUGGUUUCGCGAACCAUACGAUAGACGGACUGGACAAAGCGAUCCUUCACAGCGCUUCUGAAAACUGUCGGAGCGAUCUUCUCAACAAUCUCCAUAUAAUAGAGACGAACGCCCGCCGGGCAGCCCACUUCAGCGCCGAGAAUCACCAUAAGUUCCUAUUGGGCCAUAUGAUCGUUUUCAGAAUGCAUCUUAAUAAGAGUGAAGAUUUCAUCAAGAAAUGUGAUAAAUUAGUAAACAAUUGUGGCGUUCCAUGCGAAAAAAUACCUCGGGUCCAGCGCUGGAGACGGCACGCAGCCAACGAGCUCCAUCGAUUCCAUGAAGACCUCCAGCAUUCCAGGAGAUCCUACAGGGACCUCCUGCUCCACUCCCACAGGAAGCUGAACCAUCUGAGGAGGCAAGCGACCAAACAGUCCAAAGAAGCAGUUGACAAUUUCAAAACUUGCUUGAGGAAAUAAUACUCUAGAAUUUUUACUAUUAAUUUGCGAUCUAGUUCUUUUAUUUAUUGAGCUUUGAAUGAUGAAGCAGAGCUUGGAAAACAAAACAUAAAAAACUGUAUGAAUAAAUGAGUGAUAUGAAAUUAAAAAUAUUUUGUAUCAUCAACGGUAAAGGUAAGAGCAUAAGAAUUUGACCCUAGUACGUCGAUUUCUUAUGCUGCGAGGUUAAAUUAAUAUGCUCUUCAAUCUUCCUAGAUUUUGUGAUUAUUGCCAUAUUAUGCUAUUGGAAAAAAUAAUCUUUAGUGGGAGUUUCAAAAUUAUAUUUUCACUACUAUAUCUGGCUAAAUAAAAUAUAACAUUUGGUAAGUAUAUAUAGUUCAUUACAAAUCCAAACAUUUUUUAUCUAUUUUUUUUAUAUUAGAUUUGAAAUAUACCGUUACCAAAUAAUGUGUCACGUGAUGGAUUAAUUUAUAUAUUUCGAUUUAUUGAUCUACAAACCUUAAAAUAUAUACCAAAAUAAAAAAUCAAAUUCAAAUAAAAAUGUAUUCAUUUAUAAAGUGUAGAAUCCAUAUCUAAUUGUGUUCAAAAUUGUGCUUGAAUAUUUGUAAAUAUAAUGAUUGGUUGCUAAUUGGUAUUGAUGUAACAUACUUUUGUAAUAAUAAAUUGCCAUUAUAUAGAAUUAAGACGUUUGACGUGUAAAUGAGUAAUAAAAUAACUUUAUUAUUCCGAUUUCUGCGCUUCGAGUCAAUGCCUACCUAGUUCAUUUCUUUAUUAUUAUUUCAUAGAUGUUUCGUAUAUUCUACAAUAAGAACAAUAUACAUAAAAAUAUAUAAUAAAGUUUCAAUUACAAGAUAAGAGUUAAAUACAUUAACUUGUGACUCUACUGACUUAGUUAAAAAAAUUAUUUCGAUUAUACUUAUGUAAGAAUCUCAAAAAUCAAACAGUUAAUACAGAAAAGGAACAUUGAGUUUUAAUUAUUAUAAAAUAUUAUUUAGAUAAAUUUUAUUAAUAAAUGUUUAUGUUUGAGAGAUUAUUAUUAUCGCGAUUAAUUAAGUAGUGAAAUGAAUAUAAAGAUUGAUAAGUUGUAGUUUAAAAAAAUUAAAAUAAAUUAGGUACUUUUUAUUUUAACUUUGACAUAGUAAAAAUGUCUCAAUUUAUUAUGACAAAUAAUUUUGAAAUUAAACUCUUUCACCAUAGAAUUCAAAACAAUAUCAUAUCAUUAAAAUUAUUUCUUUUUUUUUCUGAUAUUUGUGAACUAAAUAUGGGGGCUAUAGUAUUAAAAUAAUAAAGUUUUUUAUUAGAGAGAGAUGCAAGUACAAUAUAACUAUAUUUUAAUAGAAAUAAUUUAAUUUAUGUCUUUCGAUCGAAUAUUUUCCGAAAUUAAUUUGGUAAAGUGGUUGAAUGGUUGUUUUGUUCUUUAUUUUGUGUUAUGAUAAAUUUUAUUUUUUUAUUUAAAAAUGUUACCUUUUAUAUCAGUAGGUACAUAGUUUAACUGUGAUAGUUUAAGCAAACUUGGUCUGUAUCUUUUAAUAGUAUUUUAAGUGUACAGAAAAAACAUUUAAAAAACUAUUAAAAGUAAUAAUUUCCGAAAUUAUUAGCGCCGCUAUGCUGGUCGAAAAGAAAAUUAUAAUAAUAUUUUUUAUAAAUUCGAAUUUGAAAAAAGAAAAUAUUACGUAGGUACCUAUGUCAACAAAAAUCGUGAAUACCUACUUAUAAAACUAUUAAUAGCAUGAAUUCUUAAAAUGAAUAUUACCGCUUUAGUGGUCGGAUAGCAAAACAUAAUAAUAUAUCAACAAAAAUCGUUAGUAAAAUUAUUCUGAUCUGAUCUCAAAUCAGUUAUUUUCUUAGUCUUAACAUCAGUUCUUUAAUAGCGUUCCUUCUUACAUAGUCAGGUAAACAUGUAAAAACUGGGAUUUAUUUAUUGAAACUUUACUGAGUUCUGAAUUUCUGAGAGAACUGAGUUAUAAAGUUUCCAACUAAACCUCCAGACACAAAAUUCAUGACUGCAAUGUAUUGUUUGUAUAGUUCUGGCUUUGAGAUCGUAUCAUAUCGGAACUAGACGCGAUUGAAAGAUGAAAUUUGUACCUUUUAGUGAACCUAGUAUAUAAUAAUUCAAUUUUUAAGUCGUUCUUAUUAAAUUAAAAGGUGUGCGUCGGAUUGCGUCCCUUCUCAGUGUAAACUAACCCUUAUCGAUCAGGGUGGCUGGCGCCUAAAGCUUCGUAAGAUAUAACUUGUAUUUAAUGAUGUAUCCUGGUAACACUGACUGUUAUUGUUAUUGUAAUGUUAUAUUUUUGUAACAAAUUAACGAAUAAAUUAUACUGGAGGUUC